GGGAAUUUAAACCGAAAGUUACACUGCCACUGGGACUUCAGGAAUUCAGUGUGUUAAAUGGCUGAGUCAAAAGACAAAACCCCUGUCAAUAACCCUGAGAGUGAUGAAUGUCAUUGUCCAGUAUGUCUAGAGAAGAUCCCGAGCUAGAUGAAAAUAAAAACUGCAUGUUUUGCAAACGACUGGAGAAAACUGUACUUGCAAACCACUGGUGCAAAUCUUGUAUGGAAGCCAUUUGCGAAGAUUGCAAAUCAUUGCACAGAGCUAUACCAAGCCUGCAAAAUCAUAAAAUUGUAAAUCUUUCCAGCAUCAAGGAGGUGAACAGUGAAAUUGAGAUAGAAGAGUCAUGUCUGUUACAUGUAGGGAAAAUACUUGAUGUGUUUUGCCACAACCAUCAAAAGCUAUGCUGUAGUGUUUGCCUUGUCAAACAGCAUAAAUUGUGCAAGAAUGUAGGCACACUUGAAGAUAUAGCUCAUGAGAUUGACCGAGAUAGCAUUCAAAAGACUGCUUUAAGAUAUAUCGGUUUGGAGAAAACCGUUAACGAUAUUCUAUCAGAAAACCUGAAUAAAGUAUCUAAACUUCAUACCAGGAAGCAAGAAAUCUCUAUGGUCACUGAAGAAAAAGUUCAAGAAAUCAAAUCAUUAUUGGACAAUGCACAUGCCAUGUGGCUUAAACGCUUUGAACAGAAUCAUGCAGACUCCGUUGGAAAUAUCGAAACUGCUUCUGAGGAGUUGAGACGGUUUUCCACUACAGUACAUGAAGCAAGAAUCAUGUUACAAUCAGUGUUGAAGAGUGGGUCUUCUAAACAAUUGUUUGUUACAAAUUAUAAAUUACAAAACCAGAUAACUGACCACAUCACUCGUUUAAAGUCCUUAGAUAUCUGGACUUUCUCUGAAGAUUACAAGCAAAACAACUCGGACUUUUUCAGCCAAAUGUCCAAUGCAAAAGAGUUUGAAGACGUAGUAUUGUCUAGACUACAAUCUACAGCAUUGGAGAGAAUUUUAGUAGAUGCUCCUGACAAAGAUGAUAUUUUGAAAAGAAGACUAACCAUGUCUCAAAAGGACUGGAUGAAUGUCAUCUUUAAGAAAAUAUCACAGAUUACCGGUUUCUCAGAAAGAGUUUAUUAUGGUUUGUUUAUACACGAUACAAAGAUCAUAUUAUCUCUGACCAACCCACCUUCAUUGAAGAUCUAUGACAUCAGUAAGGCCACAGGAGAAUGUAUUCACACUGACAGGUGUCAAGAUAGACCGCAUGAUCUCUGCCACUCCGGUUUAAGCUUGAAUGAAAUUUAUGUUUCGUUCGAAAACUUUAUCAAUCAUUAUCGAAUUGAUGUUGCAGAAACUAUAACAUUCACAAAGCUGAGAACCAUUCAACUGAAAGAACCCAUGCUGGCAAUUUCUCGAGGGCCAAGAACAGCGUUUGCUGCCAAUAGUUCCAAAAGAAUGAUAUGUUCUUUGGACUUUUGUGUCAUCCAUAGUUCAUCAUAUGAACCUAGUGGAGAUGUACCCUUUGUGUCUUCGUCAUUGAUUUCAGAUUCACAUUGUUUUAUAAAAGAUUAUACAGUAGUGGCUGUGGAACAGAAUAACAAAGAAAUUUUUAAAAGUACUAAGAAUACAGAUUUUCGAGGAGUUUCCUUUGACUUGCAAGAUAAUAUUUUGGUGUGUAAUUGGUCAACCAAACUUAAACAGUUUAAACACGAUAAAAGUGAGAGCAGAAACAUUGAUGCGGCAGACAUGACUAAACCUUAUAACGUUGUACUUCAUCCAGCAGGAGAGAAGCUUUUGGUUUUAAGCUAUGAUAUGAAAUGCUGUGUAUACUCAGUAUCAUAGAAAUGGUAGGUACAUGUAGAUCACAGCUCAAAAUCCAUUUGGUAAUGAGUACGAAGACUUAAACACAUCUACAAAUUAGUUUUCCAAACCCUUCUA